AUGGACCUCCAUGUCCACCUUGUGCCAACCUCUUACUGCCCAGUGGAAGACACUGAAAUGACUUCUUCAAGGUCAAUGGCACAUAGUAAGUCAGCCAGUGCUGUUUGUGUCUUUGGAUCUCCAGUGUCCAACCCAAGGAAGUCGGUGAUUGCCAUGAGUUUCUUAGCAGCCUUUCUCUUCCUGCUCAUCAUGCGCCUUUUCAAUGAAGUGGAUCUCCCUUUGGUGCUCAGCUGUUUGGGGCGGUCCAGUGCCAAGUGGCUCCCGUUCUCCUCCACACACAGGCGGCCUAUCAGGACUCACUAUGGCUAUACUCACGUGAAAACCCAGGAGCCUUUGCAACUGGACUGUGAUCUCUGCGCCAUCGUCUCCAACUCUGGCCAGAUGGUGGGCCAGAAGGUGGGCCCUGAAAUAGACAGAUCUUCUUGCAUCUGGAGGAUGAAUAACGCCCCCACCAAGGGCUACGAGGAAGACGUUGGCCGGAGGACCAUGAUCAGAGUCGUGUCCCACACCAGCGUCCCCCUCUUGCUUAAGAACCCCGACUACUUCUUCAGAGAAACCAACUCCACCAUCUACGUGAUCUGGGGGCCUUUCCGCAACAUGAGGAAAGACGGCAACGGCAUCGUGUACAACAUGCUGAGGAAAACCGCGGACGUCUACCCGGGGGCCCAGAUCUACGUGACAACAGAGAAGCGCAUGAGUUACUGCGAUGGCGUUUUUAAGAAGGAGACGGGGAAAGACCGGGUCCAGUCAGGGACGUACCUCAGCACCGGCUGGUUCACGCUGAUCCUGGCCAUGGACGCAUGCUACGGCAUCCAUGUGUACGGCAUGAUCAACGACACGUACUGCAGGUCCGAAGGUCUGCGCAAGGUUCCCUACCACUACUACGAGGCCGGGAGAGACGAAUGCGACGAGUACGUCCUCCAUGAGAACGCCCCGUACGGAGGGCACAGGUUUAUCACGGAGAAGAAGGUGUUUGCCAAGUGGGCCAAGAAACACAAGAUCCUCUUUACACACCCCAACUGGACCGUGUCCUGA